AUGGUGAAGGAUUUAAAGAAAAAACAUAGAUUAUAUAUGCUGGGUUUGAUUGAGACUAAAAAACAGGUUGUGACCAGAUUUGAUCUUACAAGACUUUGGGGGCAAGGUGGUGCAGGUUGGGACUUUGUAGGCUCUGAUGGUGUAGCAGGUGGACUAUUAUUAAUAUGGGAUGAAUUAGUGUUUAAAAAGAAUAAAUGUUAUAAGGGGGAGAGAUGGUUGUGUGUUGAAGGGGUCCUGGUAAAGAAUAAUAAUAAUUGUGAUAUUUUCUUGGUCUAUGGUGCACAUAAUAGAGAUGCGAAGCUUCAGGUGUGGGAAGAGUUGAGUUACAUGGCUGGGUUAUAUCAGGUUCCUAGUUGCUACAUGGGAGAUUUUAAUGAAAUAGUGCAUGUGGAAGAAAGGCAAGGUACUGAUGUUCUACCUAGGUCGGCAGAAGAAUUCAGGAGUUGGAUACAAGAUAUGCAUCUAGUGGAUCUGCCGCUCACAGAUCGCAAGUUCACAUGGUUUCGGGGACGCUCUUGCAGUCGUAUAGAUAGAGCUCUGGUUAGCGUGGAGUGGUUGGAAGAGUUUCCUGAGACUCAGAUACGCGGUGGACCAAGGGGUUUAUUAGAUCACUGUCCUGUCAUCUUAGAUUACAUGAGCCAGAGGGUAGGGCCAAGGCUGUUCCGAAGCCUAGACUCAUGGUUUACACAUGAAGGCUUCCUUAGCUUCGUGAAGGAGGAGUGGAGAGGAUUGUGGGAGAUGCAGUUCACGGACAAGUUGAAGGCUCUGACGGUCCCGUUAGGGAAUUGGCAUAAGACUAAAUUUGGGAAUAUGGACAAGAAGAUUACGAGUUUUGAAGAAGAAAUUAAGAAGAUUGAUGAUUUGGUAAGCAAUGGGGUGUAUGACGGAAUGAUGGAGGCUAGAAGAAAGGCACUGGUUACCUGCUGUGAGAGGUGGUAUGUCAGAAAAGAAGUCAAUUGGAAACAAAUGUCCCGGUCUAGGCAAGCAAAGGAGAUGGACAAAAUUACAAGAUACUUUCACAACAUAACUUCAGCAAGACGGAGGAAUAAUAGGAUUGAUACACUGUUAAUCAAUGGUAGGCUAGUCAGGAACCAAGCUAAAAUAAAAAUUGCUAUUAAGGAAUACUACAAAGAGUUAUAUCACUAG